UACGACAAAAAUGCAAUGCAACCGAAUUUGCUCUGAUGGAACUAAAAACUGUUUAAAGACCAGCAGAUCCAGAUAGUCUUCCAGGAAAUCAUCGUGAUGAAUGUUACGACAGCCACGUUUACUCUAUCCGUUUCAACCAAUGUCACGGCAGUACCUCUUGGUGGUUAUACCAUCACCUGGAGAAUGGCUAUGGUAAUGGUGGUCACAGUCCCACUGUCAGUCAUCACCAUCAUUGGCAACAUCCUGGUCAUUGUUGCAUUCCAGGUCAACCCUCUCCUCAGGACGGUCAGUAACUACUUCUUGUUGAGCUUGGCUGUGGCCGACCUUAUCCUGGGCGCCAUCUCCAUGAACCUCUACACCACUUACAUCGUGAUUGGACGUUGGACUUUAGGGAAUCUGGCCUGUGAUGUGUGGCUGGCUGUGGAUUAUGUAGCAAGCAACGCAUCCGUGAUGAACCUGCUGGCCAUUAGCUUCGACCGUUACUUGUCUGUCACGCGACCUCUGACCUAUCGGGUUAGCCGAACAACCAGAAGGGCAGCGUUGUUGAUCGCUCUGGCAUGGGGGAUAUCUUUCCUGCUUUGGGCACCAGCCAUUUUAUUCUGGCAACACAUAGUAGGUGAAAGGACAGUGCCUGAAGAACAGUGCUCGGUCCAGUUCUUAUCUCAGCCUGUGAUUACAUUUGGGACAGCCAUUGCAGCCUUCUACUUUCCUGUAAGUGUGAUGGUGGGUCUGUACUGGCGUGUGUACCAAGAGACUGAGAGACGUUCACGGCAACUUGCUGGGUUAAUAGCGUCCCGUGGAGAUGACUCGAACAAGUCAUCACAGACGCAGUCCACUAGCAGCUAUGGAAGUGACACUGAAGACGUUAGGCUUCAGAUAAACAUCCAGCCAGAACCUGGGACACCAUGUCCCUCCUUCACCCAGUGCACAGCAGCAUGGUGGAAGAAAAAUAGGAUACGUUACACUGGGGCUCCAUCACCAACUGUAAACAGCCUCAGCAGUGAGAACAGGCGGGAAAAUGCUGCUCAGCUCAAUAACAGGCUGGACUCAUUGAAUAAUUGUGAUGCCGAUCCUUAUGAUACCCAGUUGGCGGAAUGGCAAUCAGACAGUCAACAAUCUCUUAGACAAGGGACCUCUGGAGCUACAGGACCGUCACCUCCUCCACCAUCAGCAACGCAGAGGAGCCGCAAGCCACGCAGCUGGUCACUGAUCAGAGAAAAGAAGGCAGCACGGACCUUGUGCGCCAUCUUGAUGGCCUUCAUCGUGACGUGGACACCCUACAACAUCAUGGUGCUGGUGUCCACCUUCUGUGCACACUGUGUUCCUGAGAGCCUCUGGCAGUUGGGGUACUGGCUUUGCUACGUCAACAGCACGGUGAACCCAAUUUGCUACGCAUUCUGCAACAAGCACUUUCAAGUCACCUUCAAGGCUCUGUUGCUCUGCAGGUGGAGGGAGCAGAGGAAGGGGAACCGAUUUUUUCAUAGGACUUUUUCACAGGAGAGCUAGUCAACUCACUGGAGACUGUGGUGUGUGGCUCUCAUUUUUAAAUUGCACUUCCUUGUUUUCGUUUCUUUUCCCUCAGAGAGGGGAACUAAUGAGAUGCAAGCACAGGGGAAUUCGGCACAUGAGACAUCCACGCUGUUUGA